GAACCCAUUGACCCGUUUAUAGUAGAUAAAAUUUAUUGAGGAGCAGGGAGAAUCAAACAGUUGCAAAUGAGUCGCCUUGCCCCAUUAUCAGAAGAUCUUUUCAACAAAGAAGAAAUCAGGAAAUUGUCUAAGAAAAACCAUGCAUGCAAGAAUUAGGUUAAAAGUUGAAACCCUGUUAAGUGUUCUUGUCUGCCCUCUUUUUCUCGUCUUUCUUCAACCUAACCACUCUAUUCUUCAGGUGGUACAACCCUGUCUGUUACUCAUACUCUUUCGUCAGCAUUGCGACGUCCUGAACUGAAACAUAUCCUUUCGAUCUAUGGCUAUGAAUCCAAACUUGAAGAACUUCAAAACACCGUCAACAAAAUCAAAAACGUGCUUCUUGAUGCUGAAGCCAAGCAGGAGCUCUCCUAUGUAGUCCAACUAUGGAUUGAGAAUCUCAAGGAUGUUGUCUUUGAAGCCGAUGAUUUGCUCGAUGAGUUUAUCACUCUUGUCGAGCAGAAGCAACACAUCAAGGCUGAUGGUACAAUAUCCAAGAAGAUGGGGCUCUUUCUUUCUCGUUCGAACCCUUUAGUCCUCGCUUACAAGAUGUCUAAAGAGGUCGAGAAGAUAGGGAAGAACUUGAGUUCUUUUGCUGAUAAGAUAUCAUCUGUGAUGGAGUUUAGUCAUGAGCCUAUUAAGAAUAGAAAUCGAGAGACAUGUUCUUAUGUGGAUGUAGUUGAUAUUGUUGGAAGAGAAGCCGACUUGGAGCAUAUUGUUGGUAUGUUGCUUGAUUAUGAUGUUCAAAAUGAUGUUUCUUUCCUUCCUAUUGUGGGUAUGGGAGGAUUAGGUAAAACUGCUCUUGCACAACUUGUGUACAAUGAUAAAAGGGUUGAAAGUGCAUUUUCUUUGAGGUUGUGGCAUUGUGUUUCUGAUCAAGAUCAAAAACAAUUGAACAUUGCUGAUAUUCUUCGUAAGAUUCUGACUCUAGUUACUGAUGAGAAUCAUGAAAAAUCCUCUGAGCAAAUCGUGCAAAGUCAAGUUCAAAACAAAUUAUCAUCUGAAAAGUACUUGCUUGUUUUAGAUGAUGUAUGGACUGAAAAUUGCAAUCAAUGGAAUGAUCUAGUAAGAUUGUUGAAAGGGGGUCAAAGAGGAAGUUGGAUUGUGGUGACUACACGUUCAGAAGUGACUGCAAAAUUCAUCGGAUGUGGUUCAAUGUACAAGCUCCAAGGCUUGGCGAAGAAAGAGUCAUGGAGCUUAUUCGAAAAGAUAGCAUUUGGUUCAGAGCACUCGGACCUGCACGAUGAUUUGGUCCAAAUUGGGCAAAACAUUGUCGAAGCAUGUGCUGGAGUCCCUCUUGCGUUAAGAGUGGCUGGAAGUCUUGUUUAUGGACAAGACAAGAAGAAGUGGGAAAGAGUUCAAGAAGUUGGUGUGGCCAACAUGGGCAACGAUAUCAUAAAAAUAUUGAAGCUGAGUUAUCAUCAUCUUCAAUUCUCAUUAAAGAAUUGUUUUAGUUAUUGUGCCAUAUUUCCGAAGGACUACAGAAUGCAAAAGAAUAUGUUGAUAAGUCUAUGGAUGGCACACAACUAUAUUGUUCCGCUUUAUGAAGGUCAGAGCAUUGAAGAUGCAGGCGAGGAACAUUUUUUAAUUUUGUUGAGGAGGUGUUUUUUCCAAGAUAUAGAAAAAGACGAUGAAACGGGUGAGAUAUCAAUCAAGAUACACGAUCUUAUGCACGAUAUUGCGCAAAGUGUCUCGAGGCAGGAGAUUUAUGUAGCAAAUACCAUUAGUGGCAACCUAGAUAAAAAGAUUCGCCAUGUCUCAACUUUAAGCACCACAAAUUUCGAAAAAUACACCUCAGGUAACUCUCACAUUCGUUCAUAUCUUAAUAUUUUUGAGUACAAUCAUGAAUCAAGGGGAGUAGAUCGAUCUUUUUUGGAGAAAUUAGUGGAAAGUUGCAAGUAUCUAAGGGCUUUAACAUUGACAACAUUAGGAGACAAGUGUUUGCCAAGCUCCAUAGGUAAAUUGUUGCAUUUAAGAUACUUAGAUCUGUCACAUCUAGAUGCAAUAGUAGUGCUCCCAAAUUCAAUAACCAAGUUAUAUAAUCUAGAAACCUUAAAUUUAUCUGGUUGUCAAAAUUUAAAAGAUCUACCAAAAGAUUUUAGUUCGUUGGUCAAACUGAGGGUCUUAAAUAUAUCAAAUUGCAUUAGUUUGAAGCAUAUGCCUAUGGGAAUUGGUAAGUUGACUAGUAUUAGAAGCUUGAGUAAUUUUGUAGUGCGUGGUGAAGAUAGUUGUUUAAGUUGGAAUGAAUGGUUUUUUGGAUUAGAUGAUUUGGAGGCUCUUAAAAAUUUGGAAGGUUAUCUUAAGAUUGAGAUUAAGUGGCCUGAAAAAAAUAAGAUUUUUUCUCAAAAUUCUGGGAAGAGAAACGGAAUGUAUUUGACGAAUAAAGAACAUCUCAAUUACAUUGAUUUUUAUUUUGACGUUGGAGAAUAUUAUAGCAAAUUAGAUGAUGAAGAAACAUUAAAAUUGAUGGAAGAUCUGGAACCACCUUCCAAUCUUCAGUUUUUAAAGAUGUUUUUUUAUCAUGGUAACAAAAUGCCGAAUUGGAUAUCCCAUCUCCCAAACCUUGUAAGUCUUACAGUUUUUAGUUGUUUGGAAUUGGAAUACCUGAAAGCUUUUGGAAAUGUAGAAGAAGGAUUGAUUCUCCCGUCCCUUGAAAAACUUGAAUUAGAUUAUUUACCCAUGUUGAAAGAUUGGAAGAGAGGAGAUUUAGGGACGGAAGCUAGCAACUAUUCACAAUUACAAUUACCACUCUAUCUCCCUCGUUUGAAGCAUCUGAUCAUUAAAAAUUGUUGGAGGUUGUCGUCUUUUCCAUUGUGUCCCUCGAUAGAAAUAUUAGAUUUACAAGGAGUCGAUCAAAGAUUCACCGGAAUAAUAGAAAGGGAAAGAAAUGAUGAUUUAGGAGACGUCAAGAAAUCUGAAUUUCCAAAAUUAAGAGAGGUGAAAAUCAAAAAGUUGGUCGCAUGGUUGAAUUCAUUGCCCAUUGAGUCUUUUCAGUGUCUUAAAUCUCUGCACAUACGACAUGGUAGGAACGUUAAAAAUUUGAGAGAAUUCGAAAAGGUGUUUUAUGCAUGUUCUUCUUCUCUCCAAUUUCUAUGUAUUGAAAAUUUCCCCAUACUGAAAAGUAUUGUGCGUGGAGGACUGGAGCAUCUCUCUGCUUUAGAGAAAUUAGAGAUAAUGUUUUGCGAUGAUUUGAAUUUAUCGGAGGAAAAGGAGGAAGAGGAUGGUAGUGGCAUUGACAUGGCCAUUAUGACACAUAAAUCUCUUCUCCCCUCCCUCCGCUACUUGAAAUUGCAUUUUCUUUGUAAGAUGGUGAAUCUUCCAAACUGGAUGCAAUUUUUACCUGCCCUCCAAGUCCUUGCCAUCCAGCGGUGCAGAAAAUUGAAAUCAAUGCCUAACUGGAUGCCCAAACUCGUCUCUCUCAAACAACUUUAUUUUAGUAAUUGUUUAAAAAGUCUGGAGAGAAGAUGCAAAGAAGAUCCUGCAGGGGAGGACUGGCCUUACAUUCAGCAUAUCCCCAACAUUGAAUUUAGAGGCUCUUUUGGUGGAAACUGAAUCAAAUUGAUCUUUUUAUCUUUAUUGUGGUGAUUAGUGUGACUUAAUGUCCUUAAUCAUGGGUUAAUAUGUUGUGUUUUAAGAAGGGGCAAAAUGGUAAUUUUAGACAUAUGAUGUGAGGCUUGAAAGGAAAAGUCUCAUUUGGAGACAGAAGACAAAGCCGAGUUGGCUUUCUCCCUGGCCAAAGGGAAGCCGACUCGGCUUUAGGGGCUGGAUGAUUUUCUUGUUCUGUUUUUCGAUUUCUUGCUUUUGCCUUAGAAUCUUUAAAAAUUUAUUGAUUACAAAUCAAAAUCUUUUUAAUAGAUGAGUUGUUCACCAUUCAUUAUUCACAAACCAAACACAUAUAUAGAAGUAUUUACUAAAAUUUUCCUGCUACUAAUUUCUUCCUGUUCUGUUCACAUCAACCCAACUUAAUUCCCUGAAAUUCGAUUAUGGAUGUGGUUGGAACAACGUUGUCUGUUACUCAAACUCUCUCCUUAGCAUUGCAACGUCCUGAGCUGAAAGA